AACUCUGAACUUCCGGUUUAACAACAUAAUUACAUUGACAACAGGUACAGAUAAUAGACUGGUGACAUGGCGGGCCCGGAGUGUCUUCCCUUUAAAACAGUAGAAGAUGUACUAGAGUUUAAACCUGAGAAUUAUCAACUAUUUGCUGCAACUGAAACUCUAGUCAAAAGAAUUCCAACUGCUCGUGAUGUUCCAAAAACAAUACUUUGUCAUGACAUGAGGGGAGGAUACUUACAAGAUAGAUUUGUUCAGGGGUGUUCUGAUGCAGACAGCUACAGGUUCUACCAUUGGCAGUAUAUAGACGCCUUCAUCUACUUCAGUCAUAACCUUGUAACAGUUCCACCACCAGGCUGGACAAAUACAGCACACAGACAUGGUGUUCAGAUGAUGGGUACUCUGAUCACUGAAUGGGACGAUGGGAAAAAGCGAUGCCAUCAAAUAAUUGAAUCUGAAGAGAGCUACAUGAUGUUUGCAGACAAACUAGUGGAAAUCACAAAGCAUUACGGCAUGGACGGCUGGCUGGUUAACAUUGAAAAUGUGGUGCAGGCUGACAGAGUGCAGCGAAUGUGUGACUUUGUCACAUACCUGACAAAGCGCCUACAUGACGUGAUUCCUGGGUCACAGGUAAUUUGGUAUGACAGUGUGAUCAAUACAGGAGGACUGAGAUGGCAGGAUGAGUUAAACGAGAAAAACAGCAUGUUUUUUGAUGUGUGUGAUGGGAUCUUCUUGAACUAUAACUGGAAUGAUGACACUCUAAGACGCUCUAAGGAACUGGCAAAUUCUAGUGGGCGGGCAAUGGAUGUGUAUGUAGGAGUGGAUGUGUUUGGGCGAGGCUGUCUUGGCGGUGGAGGAUUCAACACAAUCGAGGCUUUGACUGCUAUAAGGCAACAUAACAUGUCUGCUGCCAUCUUUGCCAUGGGAUGGGUAUAUGAGACUCAAGGUGAAGCAGACUUCCUACAAAAUGAAAACAGGUUUUGGCGACUGUUGCACCACCUGCUGCCAGUGAGGGUCCUGGCCUCCAGUUAUCUCCCCUUCUCUACCUCCUUCUGUCAAGGCUUUGGACAAAAGUACUACUCUCAGGGACUGGAGGUCAGUCCUUCUUCCUGGCACAAUCUAGGUCUGCAGGAACUCCAGCCCUCGCUCACAGAUGCUCAGUUUGAAGGGAUGACACCAUCAACCUCCAGCAUGACCCUGGACACUGAGACGGCUUUACUAGGGGGAAGCUGUCUCAAGCUCAUUGCCAACCCUGUUCCCAAAGAUGGAUCUCCUGUAAUUUAUAGAUUAUUCUGUAUGGAGUUUGAGAUAAAAGAACCAGCAGUUAUAUCUUACACCUAUAAGUGUGAGGAAGUUGGACUGGACAUCUUCUUACAGUGCGAGGUCUCGUGUGGUGGUGAAAGCAAGAAAUUGUUCUUCAAGGGAGACAACUCUGAAAAGACGUCAAAAAGUUCUGAUAGCUCAGCUGUUGUGUUUAAUUCAACCCCAGCCGCCACCUUUUUGAACAGUUAUGCCUUGCUAAAGAAGUGUUUAGUCACCACAGAAAAUGACAAAUGGACAACAAGGUAUUACAGAGUCGAUCCAAGAAACACUGGAGAGUUCACUUUGACAUCCGUCAGUGUUGGUCUGUUCCAUCCAUCAGCACCUACCCAGCAGACAGAAGUCCAGACUGUACACCUGGGCCAGAUACAGAUAAUACCCGAGUCGUGUUUGUGAUACAUAAAUGUAUAUUUCAUAUUUAUAGAUAAUACCCGAGUCGUGUUUGUGAUACAUAGAUGUAUAUUUCAUAUUUAUAGAUAAUACCCGAGUCGUGUUUGUGAUACAUAAUUGUAUAUUUUAUAUUUAUAGAUAAUACCCGAGUCGUGUUUGUGAUACAUAGAUGUAUAUUUCAUAUUUAUAGAUAAUACCCGAGUCGUGUUUGUGAUACAUAGAUGUAUAUUAUAUAUUUAUAGAUAAUACCGGAGUCGUGUUUGUGAUACAUAGAUGUAUAUUAUAUAUUCAUAGAUAAUACCCGAGUCAUGUUCAUAAUACAUAGAUGCAUUUUCUAUAUAUAUAGAUAAUACUGGAGUCGUGUUUGUAAUACAUAUAUGUAUAUUUCAUAUCUAUAGAUAAUAACCGAGUCGUGUUUGUAAUACAUAGAUGUAUAUUUCAUAUUUAUAGAUAAUACCCGAGUCGUGUUUGUGAUACAUAGAUGUAUAUUUUAUAUCUAUAGAUAAUACCGGAGUCGUGUUUGUGAUACAUGGAUGUAUAUUAUAUAUUUAUAGAUAAUACCGGAGUCGUGUUUGUAAUACAUAGAUGUAUAUUUCAUAUCUAUAGAUAAUACCGGAGUCGUGUUUGUGAUACAUAGAUGUAUAUUUCAUAUCUAUAGAUAAUACUGGAGUCGGGUUUGUGAUACAUAGAUGUAUAUUUUAUAGGUAUAGAUAAUACUGGAGUCAGGUUUGUGAUACAUAGAUGUAUAUUUCAUAUUCAUAGAUAAUACCAGAGUCGUGUUUGUGAUACAUAGAUGUAUUUUCUAUAUUUAUAGAUAAUACCUGAGUCGUGUUUGUGAUACAUAGAUGUAUAUAUCAUUUUUAUAGAUAAUAUCCGAGUCGUGUUUGUAAUACAUAGAUGUAUUUUCUAUAUUUAUAGAAAAUACCGGGGUCGUGUUCAUAAUACAUAGAUGUAUGUUUUAUAUCUAUAGAUAACCAGAGUCGUGUUUGUAAUACAUUGAUAUAUUUCAUAUCUAUAGAUAAUACCCGAGUCGUGUUUGUGAUUAAUAGAUGUAUAUUUCAUAUCUAUAGAUAAUAGCGGAGUCGUGUUUGUAAUACAUAGAUGUA